UAUAGCGAGCCAAGGAGUAUGCGCCCUAACCACGUGGGAGGGUCAGACGCGUCGUUCCAUUUCUGACGUUCAACAUGUAAACAAACAUACUCAGCAGCCAUUCUUUUUCACGGUCUAAGAAGAGUUCAGCUGACACUUCCAGCUUUGAAACUUCACCUCUGAUAUAGCUACCUUGUCUUCGUUACAGCCAAAAUGAAAGAUCCAAGUCGUAUCAACAAUACCCCGAGCCUCAGCAGCAUAGAAUUGAUCCUACAUGGACAGUUUAUCAAUGAUGACAAUCCCUUUGUUGAAUACAUGUGGAUGGAGAACGAGGAGGAAUUCAACAGACAGAUCGAGGAGGAGCUGUGGGAGGAGGAGUUCAUUGAGCAGUGUUUCCAGGAGAUGUUAGAGGAAGAGGAGAACGAAUGGUUCAUCCCAGCCAGAGAUCUCCCUCCAACCCUCGGUCAGCUCCAGGACCAACUAAACCUACUGGUCCUCAGUGACACAGGCAUCGUAGACAGCCUGGCGAUUAACAGCAAUUUGAACCCUGAAGCACAAGAAUUCGUACCAGGAUUGAAGCACUGAGACUAGUCCUCUGAUGAAGAAGUCAUCUGUCCACACUGAAGCCAGCGUAGGAAGAUCUGUUUGAGUUUUGUUAAUCUGUUGCACUUAAUGUGUUGCCAAAGUUUUCCAGCUAGCCCUGCAUGUUUAACGUUUUGAAUAAUGUUGUGUAUAUAAAUCAUAUGUUUUUUGUAACUCUUCUGAAUGUAAAAACAGGGUAGAAGCCAGAAGACCAUUUACUUUAGUUUCCUUUUUGAAUAAUAUAGACCUAUGUAGUUCUAACAUACCUGCCCCAUCAAAUAAUAAUUUUCUGUUCAAUCAAAAUUAGUGGUUCAUUUAAAAAUCUAAAGACAUUUUUCAUUAGAUCUUGGUUUGCAUUAUGAAUUCCUUUUAUUGAAUUGCAGAUUCUAAAUAGUCCGUGUGGCCAUUUGAUUUAUUGUUCAGCGGUCUUAUGGCUUGUGGGUGGAAGCUGUUAAGGAGUCUUUUAUUUUCAUUGCUCUACUUCCUGCCAUUAUCGUUCAGGUGCUUGAUAUCCUACUGCCAUGCAGAUGUUGACUUUAGAUUUUUUUUAAAUGCACAUAAAAUGGAAAACUGCUGUAUAAAAAUGUACCAAAAGUAUUGCACAAACAUACAACAAAAAAACAGACAUAUUUUUUUUCUUAAAGUAUUUGAAAAUAAAUAUUGAUGGAAUCUAUAUUUGUGAUUUCACAAAAAAAUAAACAUGGCUGCCUCAUAAAUGUA